CAAAAAUAAUAAUCUCUCGCCGCAUUAAACCAUUGAUACGACCGCUAUAUACUCGAAGAUAACAAAAUAAUACAUUAACACAUAAUGAUAUCUGAAGUGAAAGCCACUGAGAGCAAAACAACCACCUUCAAACAAGAGGCUAGAGCGAAACUUCGCGAGUCCUUCCUACGAGCAGUAAGCGAAUUAAAUGGUGAAGCAUGCAACAUUCUCACAUUUGAGCAGUCAGUCCUUCAAGCUAACUUUUGCGGAUUGAACCUUGAAGGCCACGAGUUUCUGGUUCGUGAUCUGGUCACACCAGCUGGCUUAAUAAUGCCUGCAGCUCUUGUAAGAACACCUGAUGUUUUGGCUUUACAGUUUGAUAAACAUUUGUUGUAGAUUUUAUAGAGUUACCUCUAUGUAGUAAGUAACAUCUAGCUUAUUAGUAUUAUUUAUUCUCAAUUCAAGUUAUGACUGCUUAAUUGAUUUCUGUGUGGUUGAAGGAGUAAUACAAUUU